AUGUGGCUGACUACAAUGGCUGCUUCUACCGAGGGACGCUGUUUAAGUGUGGACACGUUUAAGGCGUUAGGAGAAAUAACGGUUGCUGCGUCUUGCGAUGUUCUGAGAUACUCUGAUGGAAUCUACAGAGCAGUUGAUGUGUUUUUGGAGAGAAGGCAUAGAGAUCUGACUGAAACUGAGAAGAUGGAUGUUUGUAGAGUUCUUGACUGUAAGAAGCUUUCACCAGAGGCUUGUGAACAUGCUUCAAAGAAUGAGAAGCUUCCGUUGAGGAUUGUUGUGCAGGUUUUGUUCUUUGCUCAGAAGCAGAUUCAUGAGAAGGUGGCUAGAGAUAUGAAAAGUGUAAAGGAGAAAGAUGAUGGUGAUGAUGACAUUGAGGAUAUGAAUAAGAAGUUGCUGAGGCUUGACAUUGAAUCUGAUUACAGAGAGAUUGAGAAUCUUGAAUGUGUUGUUCAUUGCUCAAAGAAGAAUAAGGAAGAGAAGAAGAUAAGUGUGUGGAGAGAAGUGAAGAGGAAGUUUGGUUGCAUGACUUCUUUGACUGUGGAUGCUUGUAAUUUUCAAAUCAAGAAGAGGAAGAAGACUUAUCAUCACUACUAG